AUGCUGAAAUCCAUGAACGACCUCACCCACAAGAAUACAUAAAAACAAGUGGAUUUCCCUGGAGAGGCUCUUUGGUGUCCCGGGGGAUAUCACUUCAUCAGUAUUCCCAACUCCCAACUACUAAAUGGUGUCAGCGCAUCAAUACUGAAUGUCAAAGCAUCAAGGAGCCAUUGUAUUGAAGGAUUUUGACAUAUCAAACGAGGCAGGUGGGGUUGACAGAGCAAUCACUAAGAAUUUCAUUGCUACUGUAUCAGAGAACCAUCUUGAAAUUCACCUACUUUGGGCUGGUAAGGGAAUUUGUUGCAUACCACAAGAAACUUCCCAUGGACCAUCCAUUUCAAAAUCAGGGCAAAAUCACGACGCAGACAUUGCAAUAGAAUUUGUAAUGAACAAGGAAUCCGGGGAGUAUUCCUUUUCCUAUAAUUUUUUUUAUUUACUCUCUCUUCUAGACUUGAACAUUGGGGACAAUGUUUAAUUUAAGUUUGGGGGUAAGGAAUCCAGCCAAUCCCCAGACCUUGUCCCUUCUUGUUAUGUUCUAAGAUGUCAUCAUUAAAGGGAUUUUUCUUAAACCAUCCAUUCCACACUAGUUCGCCGGAUGUAUUUUGCCUUGUGUUUUGUUUGCGGGAUGUAUAAAAACGCACCAACAACGCACGAUUCCACCAGAACAAGAAUUCAAUAAAAUACAUGGAAUAAAACGGCAUCAAAAGUAUAGAUUCAACAGCCUUUAAAAUCAAACCACCAACCUAAAAAAACUAGAAAAAACAGUAAUAAGCCACUGGAUCUAGGAACUUACUGGUUGAAGAUUGAUGCACACCACUGCAUCUGGGAUUGAUGUCGGAAAACUGAGCUUCAAUAGAGCAGCGAGAUCGGGAUAAGGUAAAUCGUUCCAAUUGGGUGAGAAUGAAGAAGAAAAGAGACCGAAAGAAGGAGAUGGUCGCCGGUGAGGAAUAGUGAAAAGGUGUGGUCUUUACGCUUUGAUUAGUUGUGGAAAAUAUGAAGAAAUUAUUGAUCAUUUACUGUUCUGUGAGGAAUCCUGAAAAGUAUGGUUUUUUCUUUUUUUUUUUACAAAAAUAAUAAUUAAUAAGUUAAUUUUUAUUAA